UGUUCUCCUCAUUCUCUUCCUUGGGGCUCUUGUCGCCGGCGGGCGGCCUCCAUAUCCUACGCCUGCUGCUCCACCUUCGCCCCGCCGACCUCGCAGCCUCCCUCAAGCCCGUCCUCUCGCUCGUCAUCUCCCUUCCUUGGAGGAUCCCCGCCCAGCUCUCCAUCCGCUCCGUCAAGGCCGAGUCCAAGCCUUCUUCGACGCCGGCUCGGAAGUGAGAGUCCCGGGGCAUCACGAAGCCUUGCCCUAUAUCUACUGAGCUUCAGGCGCUGCUGGGUGUUGAGGAGAUUCCGAGUACCCAAGCUGUUAAACUGAUCUGGGAUUACAUCAAGGAGAAGAACCUUCAGAUUUAGUUUUGGGAUUUGUAGUUCAAUAUCCCGAAUCCAACCACUGGUUGCCAAAAGAAGCUCGAGAUUGAUGACGACCGGAAAAUAACUGUGUUGUACCUGCUGAUUAUUUGGUACAAUGAGGUUAGAGAAGUGUUGGUUUUGUUCCUCGACGGUCUAUCCAGGGCAUGGCAUUCAAUUUGUUCGCAAUGAUGCGAAGAUUUUCAGGUUUUGCAGAUCUAAAUGCCAUAAGAACUUCAAAAUGAAGAGAAAUCCUCGCAAGGUCAAAUGGACUAAGGCAUAUAGGAGAUUGCAUGGGAAGGAUAUGACACAGGACUCAACCUUCGAGUUUGAAAGAAAGCGCAAUAGGCCUGAGAGGUAUGAUAGGAAUGUUACAGAGAACACCCUGAAGGCCAUUAAGAAGAUUGACAAGGUUAGAGUUGCAAGAGAGGCCAGGCAUCAUGCUAUGAGGAUGAAGGGUAAGAAAGCCAUUGAGCAGAAGGCAGCAGCAAAGGAGUUGGAACAGAGCAUUCAUAUGGUCAAGGCACCUAUUGCCCUUCAACAAGAGCCAUCUCUCACCCUUCCAAAGGUCAAGGUCAAAGUUUCUCAAUCACAAGCAGAGGAUAAUAUGCAAGAAUGAUGGGAGCAUUCUGAGUUUUCCAUCACAACUUUAUCUCACUGAAUGCAGUCAUUUCAUUGUCUUUCUGUGGUCUCUUUUUGACAGUGUGCCGCCUUUGUUUGUUUUACCACCUUUUGCAUUGCAAAUGCUUCUCACAGUUGUAUUUUUGACAUCUCGAAAAACUGGAUGUUUAAAGCCAUUAAAGAUUUCUUGGACAA